AUGCGCCACUGUUCCUUAGCCAAAUCCUCGAUCAAUCGCAACCUGGCCGUCUACGUUCCCGGUAAAAAGGUACGCUCGCUGAACCGCGUCACGGUUUUUUGGCUGGGGUGUUGAGAAGGGGCUGUGACGCAGAGGAAAGUUUGUGACUUCAUGUUUCUUUCCCUUCCUAUUGCUUUCAUUUCAGUGAUGACAGGAGUUCUUUCCAUACUCUAAUUUACUUCAUCUGAUUAGAUUUUUGGCAUUGUGAUAUGCUUUGAGAAGCCUGAGUAGACUGGACGGGUAGAUUUUUUAGAGUGAGAUACUCACCCUGGUGUUUGUUUUUUGUCAAAAAAUCAAACUCGUCCAUCAUGCAGUAAUUCGUUUAAUUGAAAUGGAUAUGAUUUUGCGCAUAUUUCGUCUAACCGCCUUGAAAAUUUCUGGUGCAGGCAGGUUCCCAAGUAGCCGCUCAGAUUGUUUGCUUUAUGUUGCCUUGGUCGUCAGUCAUCGUGUUAGGUCUCAACCUUCCACACCCUAGUAGCAUUUCCGUUGCUGGUCCGCCGCUGUUGGCUCUUUAAACGUAAGAGUCUUUACUACGUAGGUAACCCUCAUCGGGGCUUCUUCCGCUAUUCGCCUGUCAUUUAGGAGCUAGGCUAACGGACAGACCUUUGUUGCCAAUCCUCUCUUCUCUCCAGGGUAACGUUGGCAUCCGUCCGAAUCUAUGUGUUCAUACAGUCAAGCUGCAUUGCAGAUGACUAAAUCCGCGGCUAUCACUCACCGACAUCUUUAUGUCCUUCCUAGCCAGAAGGCUUGAGGAACCUCCAUCGACAAUUAAUCGUGGCAUUUUUUCACUUCUUUAUCACUUCCUAAUAUAGAGCAAUCCUUCGACGGUAUGUGUAUAUGCCUGGCGUAAUGGUGAAUGUAUCCCACUGGCCAACAAGUCUUUUUUCCGCGCGGACACUGUGAGCCUUCAUUGGAGUGAUACCGGCCGGAACCUGCUCGUAUUGGCCGCGACAAAAGUAAGUCAUUUUAGUCGAGGUCGCCUGUUCUACUUAAUUUCAUAUAGUAACAAUUAUUAUACAGAUAUAUUUCUAUUAUGGUUUAGACCAGCGAUACGAGCUACUACGGCGAGCAGAUGCUACACUUCAUCACGACCAGCCAGGCCGGAGAUUGUGCAUCUGUGCCGAUGCCGCGCAAGGGUCCAAUUCACCAAGUUGUGUGGAAACCCUCAGGACCCCGAGAACGGCCCUCAGAUGAGCGCUUUGUUGUCUGCCAAGGCUGUAUGUAUUGCGUGCUACUCACAUCACUGCAGCACCCAUAAUUUACCAUCCGUUAAAGACAGUGCCACAGAAUGUGGCGCCUAUAGUACAACAAAAAUCUGCAAUUUAACGAUCACUCGUAUAGUUACUACUCUGUAGAUAUGUUAACCUCGUCAGUCAUGCUUUGUCCCAUCUCAGGGAAGGUAAACAGAAAGGGCCGACAUUUAGAGAAUGUUUCAGAAUUGGUUUAGGACUGAGUGCCACUCGAAGAGGGGCCAAGGCGAUUUCAGAUUCUCCAAUAAAGACCGUGACGCACACAGUGUAUCUGAGGCGGUGGUCUCCUUCCAAUGAUCGAAUUGCCGUAGACGUUUUGAGGCCGAAGUAUAGACUCAGAUUAUACCGAUAGUCUUUUAUCAUCCCUUUUCGCUGACCUCUGUGCGCAAAUAUUUAAUAAAAGCUACCACACUUCGACUGGUUUCCACGGUUGAAAUUGGCGGGCCAGGCAGUGACAUCCUACCUCACUCUGUCGGGAUAGUAGCGCAUAGCCAAGCAUUCCGCAGACCGAUUGAUCCAGAGAUCGCCGCGAUACUACGCCUCCCGCAGUUUCGCUGUCGUGUGAUCAUAAUUUCGACUUCAGACUCGGUCAACCUUGGAAAUAUGUCCCACUUGAUUGACAUAGAUUGCUGCUUACAACCUUGGGUCUAGUCCGUGCACCACUGGGUUGUGCUUGAGAAUCCGAGUCUAUGACCGUUAACCAGUGUUUCUGCUGUCUCAGUGCCCUCAGAACGGGCCACGUGUUAGAUGCGCUGGACCAACACGGGGGCCACAUCGGACUCUGGCAGGCGUUAUCUGUGCGCAAUAACCAAUGCCAACAUUUGCGGGGUGCGCUGGCGGACCCUGUUGUCGGCAUUCGUCGCACAACUGGACCACUGCCACCACUCCAUUGUAUUGUGGUCAAAAUCCUGGUCAUUUGUGUGUGGACCAGGGGGUGCGGAGUGGAGCGCCAAGGUGAGGAUCCGUCCGAGCCAUCCACCUGCGGCCUCCCUCGUCUCCGGUCUUCUUGACUCUGUCUUGACACCGGGCCCAGGCGGGGGAGGAGGAGAGAGUGUAGGUAGAUGCUACGCAAGUCUACUGGCACUAUAAACCCCUGCGUAAGUCACCGUCCCUGCUCCCACAAUGUAGUCUGUGGGGCACACGGUGGACAUCGUCGAAAUCGACGGUCGAACUGUCUGCUGUCUCAACAGCCGCGUUUGGGUGACACCUAGUCUCUCCCGUCUCUCAAACUUUUGCGAACUGCCGGCUUCGCCAUCUUUCCGAAGCCAUCUUCCCUGCAUGAGAGCAACUGCUUCAGGCAGUGGUUACAGGUUCAUAGAGGUCAUACGUUUAACCUCUGCGCCUCGAGAUGAAAAUACCCGAACACCAACUAGCGGUACUGGGAAAAACGCCCCUGAUCUCCCUGAUCUUUGUGGGUAAUACCAGUCUGCCCAUAUAUAUAUAGGCAGUAUGUUAUUACUGACAAAGAUAAGGGAAACUGGAACGGCUAUUUCUAGCUUAUUAGCCGUCCUCAGACAGACCUCGACAAAAACCAAGUUGUAUGAAGGCGAAUGUGGGAAGUCUUCACUAUGGGACAAUUAACAUGUCACUUGACUCAACUGUAACCCAUGUGCGCUGCCUGUACAUUCAUGUACCUCUAUUUGUUGCCGUCACAGGUCUUAAUCAGCAGAAGGAAAUAUGUAUUGACCUUUUCUAUUUACUCCGUCUCUUUCAAUCUGUCUCGGAUACCGUCGGUAGUUGUGCACAGACUGACGAGUCUCGCACAGUGAGCACGCUGUCGUUAAAAACGAGUUGACGUGAUUGUAACUUUAUAACACGAUUUCAACGUGAAGAUGCAGAUGCUUGCCCUACGAUCCUUACUACACUGACCUAUAGGUAGUCACAGGUGUUUUAUUGUUAUUUCGAAUGCUGUAGCAAAUGUAUAAUCGUACCAGGCGGGCUUGGUACCGGCUUGUCAUAUUUCUCCUUUCUUUUGUGUUUUUAGCCAUCCCUUCCGUCGUUACGGUCUUCAACAUCAAGUGUGAACAGGUCUUCUCUCUCGGAAGUGGUGCUUUCAAUAACCUUUAUUUCAACCCCCACGGAACCCAUAUCCUUUUGAGUCGCUUACUCUUUUGUUAA